CGUCAAUUGGAGCGUUUGCGGUGUUUGGUCACACAAUUUAUGCUUGCAUUUCGUCUGUGUAAAUUUCAUUUCCCAAAAACCGACUUUGUUAAGUUAAGCAAAUAAGAGUGUUUAAUAUCGAAGUAAGAAAAGCAGCAGUUUGGUGCAGUUAAAUAAAAUUUUUAUUGAACACGCGGACGUACACGUUUGAACCCAAGCUGUAAGCAAUCGACGCCUUUUAAGCCAUAAAAAAUAUUCUACACAAACGACUAACUCAACGAUAAGUGAACGGAAGAGAGGCAAAAGGAGGAAGCAGGAGGCGGAGGAGGAGGAGGAGGAGCACCGCCCAUAGUGGUGGCCACCUGCUGCUCCAGAAGCUCCACAAACAACUGCCGCAAUGAAGGUGGAUACCGUGAAGCUGAAGAAGGGCUCCUCUGAGCUAACGGCCGAAUGCCGCGAGCUCAUCGAUGAGCUGACCAAGCGGCGAACUCGGGCCGAGCUCCUCGAGUUUCUCGACACCGUCCAUGUCUGGAUCUAUGGAAAGUGCGAGCUGUAUCACUGGAUCGAGAUCCUCGACCGCUUCGACAAGAUCCUCGAGGAGGCAUCGCGCCAUGUCAACGGCAACGAGUUCGUGCUGCAGUGCGACACCAACUUCCAGGAAACGGUAAGGACAACGGAUGUCACACUACUGCUGCACGUACUCAACUUUACCACACUGCUGAUCGAGCACUCGUUCUCGCGUCACCUGUACAACUCCAUCGAACAUCUGACGGUGCUGCUCUCUUCUCAGAACAUGGACAUUGUCCUGGCCGUCCUCAAUCUGCUCUACAUGUUCUCCAAGCGCAGCAACUUUAUACCCCGUCUGCCGUUCGAGAAGAAGGAGCUACUGAUCGUCAAACUCUUCAACAUAGCAGAGCGCUGGGGCGAUCCUAAUUAUGGCCUGUCGCUCAAGGACUGCUGCAUUGGCGAGCCAAAGCUGGAAUUCCUCUACCAGCUGUGUAUCGACUAUGUGGACGAGCAUGGUCACGCCGCCCAGCUAGAAAUCCCGGACAUGAUGGACCUAUGCCACACGGCAUCAGCUCCCGAGGUGAUCAAAACGAUUGCCGGACAGAUCUCAAAGCCCAGUGAGGCAAUCAAGAUGCGCAUUGCCCAUCGGGUGCGCUUGAUCUCAGGCUUCAACAACUACAAACUGCGACUUCAGUUCGUCCAGGCGCGCCUUCAGGCUGUCUCCAUUCUGAUCUACUCAAAUGCCCUGCAGGACAACACGGACAAGGUGUUAUAUGCCGGCUUUGGCGAAGAGCUGUGCGAGCUGAUUGACAAAGAGGACGUACAUCUCGUAGAGAUAAGGGCUGCAGUUCUCCGCACACUCACAUCGAUGCUGCACUUCGACCGUAAUCCGAAUGUGCCAAGCAGGGCCGGGUCGCGUCUGAUGAAGAUCGUUCACUACACAGGAGCCGAGCGGCAGGGCGGGACGCUGCCGCUGCUGGUUCGUGACUGCAUUGAUAAUCUAACCACCCACGGGUUAACCGAGCGUUACCCGCUCAUAUUGGCCACCUCGCUUUUCUCUUUGCUGUACCACCUGGCGAGCUAUGAAAUGGGAGGCACUGCUCUGGUUAAAAGCGGCAUGAUGCAAUCCCUGCUGUGCGUAAUCAGCUGGCCAGGAGUAGAUCUCGAGCACAUCACGUUUGUGACGCGGGCAGUGCGUGUGAUCGAUUUGAUCACCAACAUCGAUAUAGCCCGUUUUCACCAGAACAACGGACUUAACGUGUUCAUUGACCGGCUGGAGAAGGAGAUAAAGAGCUGCUGCAAGGCAUUGGCUGACAUUGGCAUCACGCUGAAGGAGUCGACACUUCGCGACGAUCACAAGUUGGACACCUCGCUGGACCACGUUGACGAGGAUGUGGAAGAUGGUUCCGGAGAGAACGCAUCCGUGGCCAGUGGAAAUGCAUCCCCGCGUCGCGAUAACUCCAGUGAUGGCGUAACAAGUGCCGGCAACAUCGUAUUUAGAGCUUACCACGAGCAUAUGGGUGGCGCUGGAUCAGGAGCGGGACUCCUGGACAUUGGUGGAGCACGCGGCUCGUCUAGCGGCGGAUUAUCAGGUACAUCCGGAAUGGGUGCGGGAUCAAUUAACAGAGAUGGGGGUGCUGCUCGCCCGCCGGCUAUUAUGUAUCCCACAAAUAGCUACUACGCCCGUCCACUGGCCGAACGCAAGGCGGAGCUCUCUUCGCAGCUGCCUAGCAGCCUGGCGCCGAAGAAGCCGUCCUGCGUCACUCAGCGAGCGGCGCUACUUAAGUCAAUGCUGAACUUCUUGAAGAAGAGCAUCCAAGAUCAUGCCCACUUUAGCAACAUGCGCAACAUCAUGGAGACUAGUCUGACCCAAUCGCUGCGCCAUAUCAUCGCCAAUGCGGAAUACUACGGACCGUCGCUGUUUCUCUUGGCCACCGAUGUGGUCACUGUGUACGUGUUUAACGAACCAUCGCUGCUAUCUUCGCUGCAGGAUCUGGGCAUUACCAGUGUCAUGCUAAAGGCGCUGCUCCAGAAGGAUGUGCCAGCAACCCGAGAGGUGCUGGGAUCCCUACCCAACGUAUUUUCCGCUUUGUGUCUAAAUGAGCGCGGAUUGUUCGAGUUCCUUUCCUACGAUCCGUUCGACAAGGUGCUCAAGGUGCUGCUUUCGCCGGACUACUUGGUGGCCAUGAGACGCCGCCGCUCCUCGGAUCCGCUGGGCGAUACAGCAACCAACUUGGGAAAUGCCAUGGAUGAUCUGAUCAAACACCAUCCCUAUUUGCGGGCCGAUGCCACGGAGGCGAUUGUCAGGCUCUUGAACGAGCUGGUUCGCCUUGGCUCUGAUCCCAGCUUCAUUUGCUGGCGAGCGAACAAAGAAAGCAGUGGCUCUGGCUCUGGUUCCGGGAGCCAUGGCGGCGGCCAUCACGUGGCCUCAACACCAUCGCCCAUGGUCAUGGUAGCUGGCACGGGAAGUUCUUCAUCGGUCCUCCAGGGUGCAGCGGAUACAAACGAUAGCAGCGGAGAUGAUGACGACGAUGAUGACGAAAUGAGCUCCGCAUCACAGCAGCAGCAGCAGCCCACGACACCGGGCCAAGGUGGAGGACCAACCACACCCAGGACACAACAGGCGGGUGGAGUUGUUGGAGCUGGAGCUGGAUCUACAGGAACGCCGGCAGCCGCAUCGCAAGCCGUUAAAGUAGUGACGCCACCGGAGCGGGAGGCCAUCCCUCUCAUCGACUACAUCCUCAAUGUGAUGAAGUUUAUCGAGGCGAUAUUCAGCAACAGUCCUAACGGCGAUCACUGUCGCGAGUUUGUGCUCCAUGGGGGGCUGAAGCCCAUCCUGCAGCUGUUGUCGCUGCCCAAUCUUCCAGUGGAUUCGCCGGUGUCCACCACCUCCCAAGCAGUGGCCAAUGUCUGCAAGGCCAUACUCAGCCAGGCGCAAGAAACCAAGGUGCUGGAUGUUGCACUCAAGCAGCUGGCGGACAUUGUGUCCCAGCUGAAGCCACUAAUCAAACACUUCACUUUUCCCGGCGGCAGUGUCCUGCUGGCGGAGCUGGUCUGCUGCCAGCGGCUGGAGGAUGGUUUUGCCAACGCCGAAUAUACACCCAUCCUGCACAACAUGAGUUUUGUGCACGGCUACGUGGUGAUGCUAGUGCAUCUCUGCCGAAAUGCCUCCAACGACAUGCGAACCAUUCUUCUAAAGCGGUGGGGUGUCAAUCGCGAGACCGGCGUCCAAUUGCUGCAGCAGCUCGUGCAGCUGUACAUCUCACUGGUGUGGGAGAGCACCAUACUGCUGAAUUUAUGUUCCGAUGAACCCACCCAGCAUCCGGAUCUCAUCUGGGAUGAGAUCGCAGCCCAAAUGUCAGCGGCAGCUGGUACUGCGGAUCCCCUAACCGAGGCGGAGCUCUCGAGGAAACUGGAACGCGCUGCGGAAUUCCGUACAAAGUAUACACCCGAGGAGCAGUUCCGAUACAUCAAAUCCCUGCUGGCGGCGAGCUCCCGGCUGGGAAGAGCCCUUGCUGAGCUUUUGGGCACAUUGGUGAAACUAUCGGUGGGAUCACCGCAAACACGGCAGCGUCGCAUCAACGAUUUGAUCAGUAAUAUCAGCAAAGUUCCUACACCAGAAGCGCGCGAAAUAGCCCGCAUCCUCAGCUCGAUCCUCGUGAACGGAUUUAGUCACGAGAGCAUUCUGCCCAAGCCUGUGCCGAAACUAAAGCUCACCUUCCUCAUUUGCUCGGUGGGAUUCACGGGCCCAAUGCUGUUUGACGACAAGCGCAGCGCCUUCCAUCUAAUGAUAUCGCAAUUCUGCGCUGAGAACGGACUGAAGGCCUUCUUUGAGAUGUUCUAUUGGGCCCUGUCGCUGGAUAAUGUAUCCCAGAAAUUCGAGUUCGAUCAGUGGGCUUCCAUGGAGGAUUUGAUGCAAUCCCAUGAGGAUGACAAACGUGAUUGUCCGGAGGGCACGGGCGAGUUUCUCGAUGCAUGGCUGCAGCUGCUCGAGAAGAUGGUCAAUCCUCGAGCCAUGUUGGACUCGCCGUACACGAUGAGUCCUCGUCUGAAUUACAUGCCCGACUCGGUUCCAUUUGAGCCGGUCUUCUACCUAAUACACAUCCACCAGCUAGCCAUGCAAGCACUGCGCAGAAUCUGGGCACGACGCCCGAUUCCCAACUAUGGACCGAGCAUGUUUGAGACCAUGAUUCUCAUCCUAAAACAUCUGAUCAAGUCACACCAGACGCUGUUGGAUCGCUAUCACACGCGAAUGAAGGAGAUCAAGUUCGAGAACCUUUACAUCCGGAGCACGGAUGAUGGUCUGAAUGCGGAUCACAUCAAGACGUUGACGGACAUGGGCUUCAUGCACUACCAUGUAAUCGAAGCGCUGAGAACAAAUGCGUCUUUGGAAGAGGCAACCGAUUACCUGCUUAACAACCCAGAGGCAAGUUCCUUAUCGACGACUGGCGGUCAGUCGGGUGGCUCAGCUCCACCGCCGCCGCCACCGCCAUCGGCUUCGACGAUGGACAUUGACGUAGACGUGCCCGCGGAUGGGGAGUCGACGCAAAGCAAAUCCUCCACUUCGCCCAAUUCUAGCUAUGACUACAAGCACCUUAAAUUGAUGCCGUCGCUAAUCUUUGAUCGCUUCUGCGACGAAGCCAUCUCGAGGGCCUUUGAAUUCAUGGAGGCAAUACCGGAUACGGUCAACAGUGCAGCUGAUUUGAUUGCCGUGCUGUACAGACGCCACAAUCACCUCAACAAGCAGGUCUUUGUCACCAACUUUGUGCGCAACAUCAUACAGUGGGUGGACUUCACAUUGCAGCUGUUCGAACCAGCCAAGACAACCGGAUCGAAGGCCUCACGCCUAGAGGAAUGCCUAACCGGAAUGACAGCCACCCGGCUGUUUGUACGACUCAAGACAUCUACGCUGCUGCUUGAGGAGAACUACAGUGAUCUACACCGACCUCUUGUGGAGGCGAUAACCGCCCAAGAUGCCAUGGUGUCGCUGGUCAAGCUGCUGGACUGCAUGAGCCAGUGGAUGUUGGAACAAUCGACCGAAACGAAUACCGGCCAGCAGCGUGCGACGGUGCCGCGUUGGGUGCAAAAUCUGGUGGACCUAAUCGAUGCCAUCGAUAGCAUCAGCCACAUCCUGCAGCGCAAGGCCAACAUGCGUGCAGUAAGCAGCGAUGUGUGGCGCUGGUACGACGCGUCCACAGGCAAGUGGAAUGCCUACUCGGAGGCCAACAACGAACUCAUCCGCAAUGCCUAUGCGGCCGGCGAACGCUGGCUGUACAUCAACAUUGGACGCCAGCGGUGCACCGUAAGCCUCAACUGCAUGACGCAGGUGAGCGAAGCAUCCGGAACACAUCGACCUGUCUGCCCGGCCCUGAAACUUAGCGAGGCCAUUACCUCUCUAAACAAUCCGGUAGGUCACCACAAGGUAGAGCAUCUACUUAAUCGCGUGGUGCGCACUGCACCCGACGGAUCAGGAACUGUGCACAGCGAUGAGUUGAUUUCACUGCGACAGCUGGUCAACUUUGCCGAUGGCCAGCAACCACAGCAGUCGGAGAAUUCUGCAAAUCCGAGCGAGGAGGCGGCCAGUGAAGACGGCCCAGCUGCAGCCAAUAGCGGAUCUCCGCCAGCCACAAUGACGACGCGCAGCAAGACGCGGCAGAAGAGCGCGGCUGCUGCAGCAGCUGCCAAGAACAAGUCUCAGUCGGGUGGUUCGCCGCCCAUACCCAAGCGCACCCAAAAAAUCAUACUCAACGAGGAGCAGGUGGGCCUUAGCAAGUUCGACUGCGGCCGCAUCAUUGGCAGCAUUGUGGAUCUACUGCAGCCAUCACAUCAGAUGCUUAACGAGACAAAGCUUUCGCUGCUCCGUCUCUGUGCGAGAUUGACGCGGAACUACGAUAACGCCCAAGUGUUCAUCCGACGCGGCGGAGUACGAAUGCUGCUGCACCUGCAGCAGGCAUGCAGUUUCAUGGGUUUCCCUACCUAUGCGAACAUUAUACUGCGUCACGUUCUGGAGGCACCGCCCGUGCUCCAGGAGGCCAUGGAACGCGUACUGGGCAUGCGAGCAGCUGGUAUAGUGCCUGUGGGUCAUCGCGACCUUAUCUACGUGCUCACCCAGGUGUCGUCAGCGGUGUCGCGCAAUCCGCAGAUUUUCGUGGCCGCCGCCAAGGAAAUGCUUAAAGGCGAGUAUCUAAUCAACACGAACAGCACCACAUUGGCAGACGAUGCCCGUGUCAUGGUCAAGUCCAAGUUUGGCCAGCAACCGACGGCGGCGGCUGGCGGUGCCACGCCACAUAACCAGACGCCGACACCACCGCCAGCGGCCAAGGAUGAGCUGAAGGACGAUCCUCAGGUGCAGUCAUCGGUGGCCGUGCUCAAGGAACUGUUGCAUGGACUGGUGCAGCCGUGCUGGCAUUACGGCGGCACUGGAUCUUCGGAUCGCGGACAGGGCGCUGCGGAGCUACUGCAGCCGGAUCAGCCGCCAGGCACGUCGCAGGGAUGCCACGAUGAUGAGUUAUAUUUCCGCUUCCAGGAAACUCCCGCACCCGUGUCCAGCAAGAAGCAAUCCUCCAGCGGCGGAGGUGCUGCAGCUGCUGGCCAAGCUGGCCAGGCGACGGAAAAGUUCGAGCCAUGCUGUUGCACCUGGCACAUACCGACCAGCGGACACACCCAUGCCAAGCCGACCAUCUCGAGGGCAACCUUGCUGAAACUGCUGGCGGAUUCAACCCGGGCCUACCAGUCGCUGGUGCCGCGUGUCCUCUUGUCGCACGUUUACACACCGGCGGACAGUCCCCUGAUCUCCGCACCUCAACAGACGUUCCUGGGCGUGCUCCUUGAUCGCUUUCUGCCCAUAACCCAACGGCAUCAUGUGCCCGAGGUCAGCACAAUGACCCGCGUACUGAUCUGCUCCCUAUCGGACUGCUAUCAGCAGCCCGGAGUCCAGGUGCAUGUCGCCGAGGAGCUGCACGCUGCGGUCGCCAGAGCCCUGGCCCAGCCGGAUUCGGCCGAGAAGCACACGAGAUUGCAGGUCUUGAUGAGCCUUUUCCCCAAUCUCAUUGAGUCGCCAAUGCUUUACGACAAGGUGCACAUGCAUCGCAACAAUAUGUACCGGGUGCUCCUACGCCAGGGCGUAAUGACCUAUCUGACGAAAGUGGCGCAGUACAAAGAUCUGUCCAAUCACAAUACGCUAAGCACCCUUGCGGCCAUUCUGCGACCGAUGGAGAUCCUGCUGAGAUUCAGCGUGUCCACUACAACGCUGGGCUCGAAGAGGAUUCUCUUUGGCAGUGGCGGCCCUGGCGGACCGAAUGCGUCUGGCAAUGGCAACAGCACUGCCGGCGGCAGCAGUGGCAACGGACCAGGAUCUGGCAACACGUACGGGACCAUUAUUAACCGGCGACUAUAUCCUCGCCUGGCGGCACGCACUGGUUUCGGUUCCGCUAUGGAGCGUUCCAAUGCUAUGGGUGGAGAGCACGUUUUGCGAGAUAUCAUACGGAAUGUACUGUCGGAUCGGCGACAUGCCUUCGAGUUCAUCUUCAAUUCGGACGAUAUGGCCGUGGACUCUGAGGACGCAGCUGCUCCAGGAUCUGGAGUGGGUGGAGGUGGCUCUGGAGCGGGCAGUGUCGGAGGAGGCGUGUCUGGAUCAGUAUCGGGUAGCAGUUCCGCAGCCGUUAUCGACGUAGUCGAGGAGCGUAGCAAUGGCGGAGAUACCAACGAUCCUCCGGCAAACGUGAGCUCUGCAUCAUCUGGUGCAGGACAGUCCUCGACCAGUGGCGGCCCAGUGCGUCCAGUGGUCAACUUCGAUCAAUUGUGGGAUGAUUUCCUGCAGAGCGAGGGACUGCGUCUGGCUUCGCGGAGCGGCGGAGGCGCCGGAUCCGGCAGUGGAUCCGUUGGAGCAAGCUCAUCCGGGCAGCAGAACGGAAGCAACACCACAGCCAGUUCGACCAACUCAGGUAACAAUUCCGGGAUCGGAAAUCUUCGCUUGCGCACCAAUCCCGAUGUUGAUGUAGGCAGUGGCAAUGGUAGCGGCAGCGGCAGCGGGUCCAACGCAGGUGUGGUCAACGACAAUGGAAUCAGCGGCGGCGGUGGAAGUGAUGGUGCGUCCACCUCUUCAGACACGGGAGCUCCAGGUGGUGCUCGUGAUUUGAACGCCUCACUGCUUGGCGAUGUCAGUACCUCAGAAUCUGAUUCGGAUCCUUCCACAGAGAACGACGAGCGCAAUGAGGAGGACGAAGAUGAGGAUGAUGACGCUCCCGAUGAGGAUGUGGAUGAGCACAGUGAGACGGAUGUGGACGAAGAGCGAUCGCGCCAGUUUAUCGAGGUCUUCGAUCACAUCUAUGAGCCGGAAUCAUCUGAAACGGCGUCCAACGAUGCAGAUGUGGAUAACGAUGAUGAUGAUGACGAGGACGAUGUGGACGACGACGAUGAUGACGACGAAGUCAACCACGAUAUUGUUCGGGAGGAGGCCCAGAGCAUCAUGGAUGCAGAGAUCGAGAACCAAAUCGAUAUCGCCCUCGCCCUGGUCUCCUCAAACAAUCGUCCCAGACGCAGUGCAGCGGUUAAUGCAUCUGGCGAUGGUUCCGCCAAUCGAACCAAUCCCGAUGACGAAGUGGACGAUGAGGAUGACUAUGUAGAUGCUGAUCCCGAUGAAGAUCCGGACGUGGAUCCAAUUAGCGGACCAUCGGCAGCCCAGGCGGAGGCCUAUCUAUACGAGCGAUUAGGCAGCGGCCUAAUGCCAACACCACCGGUUGGUUUUCGUGUGCGAAUGAACAGCUCUAUUGCCCAACCACUUGAUAUUGAUGUGAAUGGCGGCAAUGCGGGAAGUGGAAGCAAUGCGGGCGCCACAGGAUCGUCCGGGGGCGUUGGCCAAAGAACUUCUACGGGCGGCACAACAGCCAGUAUUGGAGCAAUUGCCUCUGCCGCACUGCGCCCAUCAUCUGGUUCGUGGAUGGCACCGGACUUUAACUUCAUUCGAAUGUCGAUCGGGGAGAGCUCCAUGGGCAGCGGACCAGCUCUUGGUGGCAACGCCAACGGUGGCGAUAUGAACGUCUUCCCAACGCCCUCCAUGUCACUAGAGCGCACUGGUGGUGCACCUGGCAGCGGCCAGACUAUGAGUGAGCUGCUGAACGAACAACCAUCGGGGGCUGGCGUAGGUGGUGGCGGAGGCGGCGUCGGCGGGGUCGGUGCAAACGGUGCGAACAGUGGCACCUCGGGACAACAUCCGAAUGCAACGCUCUGCACGAACGGAGUGCGGCGUCGGUUGCUCUAUCUGGACCAGCAGUACUGCGUGUGCAUGCCCACGCAUCAGAACCCCACUGAAGAGACCCAGAUGGAGACCUUCACACAGGAUGCUCUUCACUGGUGGCUAGAAGAGGCCACGCUCCUGGAUAUGGAAAGCCAGACGGACGCCUGUCUAUAUGCCGCACAUUUUCUGCUGCCACAUCUCAUCAAGGAGCUGAAAACAGCGCACCAGCAGCGCAAGCAGGAGGAAGCCGCCCGCCAAUCCACAACACCGGUGACGGGUACAAGUGCAUCUGCAACAUCCUCCAACACUACGUCAGUUGUGGGCACAGCAGCGCCCACAGCGACAUCAUCGAUUGCGUCCGGUUUACUGGCGAACGCCGUCUCUGCGGGCUCAGGAAGCAGCAGUUUGGUAGUGCCACCAGUGGCAGCAUCUGCCACGGGCGGCACCCGGCGCAGUUCGAUUCCUGUGCUAAUUCCGUCAACAUUUGGUCCUAGUAGCGCUAGCAACGCGACAAGUGCAACGGGAAACGGUGCCACCAAUGAUGCCACGACAACAACUGGUGGACCAACCAGGCUUUUCUCGUCCGUUGACAGCAGCAUCACCUCGGAGACGCAAACGACAACCCGAUCGUCACGCCAACGCGGUGGAUUGCGUCAGCACAGUCAGAUGCCCUUCAACAUUUACGCCGAGAUUGAUUUAACUAACGAACAGGAUAGCGAAGGGGCCACAGGGACAGCAGCGGAUGGAGCUGAAUCACAGCCACAGUAUAACUCCUCUUUUUCGGCGGCACAGGUGGCGGUGCCUCAGUAUCAGCAUCAGCGCUAUCCACCGAUGCCACUCCUAUCGUCCAGCGGAAGACCAUCGCGAUCCCACUCGCGUGAGAGAGAGAUGCUCCUCAUGCAGAUACGCAACCGGAUGCAAGGAUCCAGCGGACGCACUUCAGGCUCGGCGCUAAUUAACGCCCGGCCUAAUCGCGACCUACCCAACUGUCUGCAGCGUCAUGACCAUCAGGCCGGCUCCAUUUACCCCCGACCCAGUGCGAACAGAACGUCAGCUCCGACUUUUGUGUCCAUCCCGACGGCAAUGUCUAAUGCGAUACUGGAGCAGAUAAAUGUCACCGCUCCGAAUGUGGUGCGAACAGACAGAAACUUUGCCUUGCCAUCUUCCCUGGAGGUUGAUGUGGAUGUGCUGCCACCACCACCGCCGCCACCGCCCAGUGAUACGACGCCAUUGGUCCACGCCGAGGACGAACUGUGGCCCGGAACGGUGGUCAGUGCUGGUACUAGAGAGGAGUCAUCCGCUCCAGCAGUAGCCACAGAAAACACAGAGGCUGUAAACGACUCAAACCAACCGGAACCGACGCCAGAAAGCAGCGAAUCUACUUCUCCAAAUCCGCAGGCUCCUUCAUCAGAACCAACCCUAUUGGAAUCAGGCGCAGCAGUAGAUGCCUCAGUUGCUUCACAAACGCCAUCAACAACAGAGGAGGCCGCCUCUACUGGUGGAGCGAGCGGAACAACAGCCACCAUAACGGACAUGAGUCCCGAGGUGCGGGCUGCUCUCGGGGAUCUCGAGGUGCCCGAGGGCGUGGAUCCCUCCUUCCUGGCCGCUCUGCCCAGCGAGAUGCGCGAAGAGGUUAUCCAAGAGCAUCUUCGCAUGCAGCGCAUCCGUCAGCGAGCGCAGCAGAAUGCAAUCCAAAUUGCCCAUGACUCGCUGGUCGAGGUCAACCCAGAAUUCCUCGCCGCCCUGCCACUAAACAUACAGUCGGAGGUGCUGAUGCAGCAGCGCAUCGAGCAGCAGCGACAGGCGGCUCAGACUGCCAAUCCUGAGGAUCCCGUUGAUACAGCUGCUUUCUUCCAAAACCUGCCAGAGAAUCUGCGCCAAGCUAUACUCACCGACAUGGAGGAGUCACAGAUAGCCAGCUUGCCGCCGGAGCUGGCUGCCGAGGCGCAGUUCCUGCGUCGCGACUGGGAAUCUCGCAACGGCGCCCGCAUGGACGCUCAUCCGACCACCAAUGCCUUAUCCCGGUUCCAGACAACGCUCCAGAGCCUGGACGACACACGCUGGCACAGCUCCAUUUGGUAUGAUGCGAGUGGCAUUGCCCAGCCGCAACACCAUCAGCAUACAACGAUUGUGCAUCAACAUGCCCACGCACAUCAUGCCCCGAACAUGGGCAAACCACUGGCCCUGUUGAUGAUGGAGGACGAGAACAUUCUGCUCGAUCCGGACUCGCUGGCCACACUCCUGCUCUUCCUGUUCGUGGAGGAUCAGAAGGUAAACAGCAUGCGACUGCAUCGCGUCAUACGCAACCUGUGCCACCACGAACCCACCCGCGACUGGAUCAUCAGCGCCCUGAUCAGCAUAAUUCAGAAGACGAACGAGGACAACGGAAACUUCGGUGCGGGCCAAGCGGGUGGCAAGCCGGAGUGGCUGAAGCUGCGUGUGGACGCUGCCUUUGGCUACAAGAGCAACAUAUUCCUGAUUAACCGAUUGUACGAGGGCAGUGCCCGGAGCAUCAGCAUCAAUCCGCAGGCGGCACAGAUGAUAGUGCGAAACUGUCUGGACCUGCUGUUCGUGCUGGCCAAACACUAUCCGUCCAGCUUUGUGCCCUAUAAUCGCGAUGUGAAGGCCAGGCGUAUAUUGAGUGCGGUAUUUGGCAUGCCAUCGCCCACGGCCGGAUCAGGUGGAGGCGCAGGAUCUGGAUCUGGAUCUGCAGCGUCUGGCGGUUUGACAGGCUACGAUGACGUGCCACCAGGUGGAACUCUGGACUUCCGCUCAAGAUUCUGUCGCUAUCAGGUGGUUAAUCGGCUACGUAGCAUAUUCGACGAUCAUCCUGCCCCGAAACCCCCAGUGCCCUUGGAUGAAGCACCCUCCACAUCAAAGGCGGCGGCAGCAAAGGCAGCUGCCACGGCCAAAGUGUCCACUGCUGGGAGCCAGAAUAAGCACUCUGUGCCGUACCAGACUAACGCGAAGAACUUCUGGGAUGUUGUGCUUAACAUCGAUCAACAGACACAAGUGCGAUUGGCCAAUGUGGCCCAGUUUCCGCUCACCUCACAGCCGGCGUGGGAAUGGCAGACGAAUACAGCGGAUUUCCUCUCGUUCAGCGAAUCACCCUUCGGCCAGUUGCUGGAAAUGCUUCCCUACAAGGUUAUAUGCCGAUCGCCCCAUCUUACCGAUAUGCUGGUCAAGCUGCUCGCCUCGCUCAGCACAGAGUUGCCCAAGGAGGAGGAGCUGUUGCCGCUAAGCGAUCAAAUGCCCCCACUGGUACCCAUUAGUCAGGUGGCGAGAGCGGCAGCGGCACCACCACCACCACCUGCCGAGAAUACCCAGCCCACAGCAACAGCAACAGAAAUUGGUGACGGUCUGGCCGCCAACAUUGAGGAGCAGGCUGCUCCGGCCAGCGGUAAUCCUGCCUCCGGUGAUAGCAAUGCGGGAGCGAAGCGCACCCAAAUGCCAACUUUAAGUGUGGCCCUGCCGGUGGCGCCAUCGAAACCGCGUCGCAAGAUCUACUCGAAGAACUUUUCGCAGCUCCAGCUGGUCAUUGAGGUGCUGACGCACCAGUGCGGCACCACCGAGGGCCUGGACAACGUAGCCAAGCUGAUUGUGAAUCUAACGCAGUGCUCGCAGGCAUCUACUGCCAUUUUCAUUCAGUACUUGACCGCUGCGAUAUUGGGAUUGGCCGAGGAAGUACGUCAAGCGAUACAGAUGCUGCUCAACGAGAUUCGCAUGUAUAACAUUCAUCAAGGCGUGGCCAGCACCACCUCACAGGCGUCCACUUCCGGGGCAGCUGUAGCAACACCAUCAUACGUACCCACAGUAUCCGGAGCCAGUCUCUUGCCAAACUUGGCCGUGCACGAGGGCAUAAUGCAAGAUCGCUUCACCGCCGAGCACGUGAUCAUCUCGGCACCAAAGAAUGCCAAACCCACCUGCGAGUUGCAGCUGCCGUCGAUGAAGAAACUCAUGUCCAACUCGUCCGCCCAGCCGUACUUCCUGCGAACCCUGAAGAUCUUCAUGCAGGUACGCGACAUGUAUGAGGCGCAGAACGGCGUGUCCACUGGCGGUGGAAUCGCUGGUGGUGCCGGCGAAAACGACGACGAUAUCAUCGAUAUUGAGGGUGAUGGAGGUGCUUCCGGCGGCAGCAGUUCUGAUAUGGCUCCCGGGUCUGCCAGCACAAUAUCUCCACCACCGCCAAUGGAAACCAAUCAGACCGCGCAAGAUGGCGAUGACGACGAGGAAGAAGAAGAUGAGGCCAGAUCUUUCCCGGGAGUUGGCGUGGCAAGCGCUAGCAAGUCGACCAAGCCUACUCUGAGUCAGAUCCUCUGCCUGGACGUGCUGUGGAACACGCUCAGCGAAUGCCUGGUGGCAUUGGAGGAGUCCAAGGACGAGUUCGCCGUCCUGGUGCUGCAACCGACCGUGGAGGCCUUCUUCCUCAUCCACGCCUCGCAUCGCGGUGCGUCCAAGAAGCCGGGUCGCAGCUUUAUGCCUGGAACUGUGAGCUUUGGACUGCGAGCAGCCGCCGGCGGUGGAAUCGGAGGACUGGGAGCAGCCGCAUCAUCUGCCCAGUCGUACAGUCCCUUGAUGGACGAUGUCAGCAGCGCCAACACCACCAGUUCUGCUAGUUUCGAUGAUGAGCCGCGAAUGCAAGAUGCAUCCACGAAUACGCCGCUGGCCAACGCCUCGACCAGCACAGCUUUGAGCGCGCACGAGGCGCAGCUCAGGCAGGACCGGCAAAAAUUCCUACAAUUCGCCGAGAAGCACCGCACCGUGCUUAACCAGAUACUGCGACAGUCACCAACUCAUCUCUCCGACGGGCCGUUUGCCGUGCUUGUGGACCACACACGCAUUCUCGACUUUGAUGUCAAGCGCAAGUACUUCCAGACGGAGCUGGAGCGGCUGGACGAGGGCAUACGGCGUGAGGAGCACACGGUCAGUGUUCGUCGCGUAACCGUUUUUGAGGACUCGUUCCGUGUCCUGUACCGUCUGGGUCCGGAGGAGUGGAAGAACCGCUUCUACAUCGUAUUUGAGGACGAGGAAGGCCAGGACGCUGGCGGCCUGUUGCGCGAGUGGUAUGUGAUCAUAUCGCGCGAGAUCUUUAAUCCGAUGUAUGCCUUGUUCUGCGUAUCGCCGGGCGAUCGCGUCACCUACAUGAUAAAUCCCUCCAGCCAUGCUAACCCCAAUCACCUGAGCUACUUCAAGUUUGUCGGCCGCGUAAUUGCCAAGGCUGUGCACGACAACAAGUUGCUGGAGUGCUACUUCACUCGCUCAUUUUACAAGCACAUCCUGGGCAAGCAGGUGAAGCACACGGACAUGGAGUCGCAGGACUACGAGUUCUACAAGGGCCUCGACUAUCUGAUGAAGAACGACAUCUCAACCCUGGGCUACGAGCUGACCUUUUCCACCGAGGUGCAGGAGUUCGGUGUCACCCAGAUCCGGGAUCUGAAGCCAAACGGACGCGACACCGCCGUGACCGAGGAGAACAAGUUUGAGUAUGUGCAGCUUGUGUGCCAGCUCAAGAUGAGCGGCUCCAUUCGACAGCAAUUGGACGCAUUCCUUGAAGGCUUCUACGACAUAAUUCCAAAGCAUUUAAUUUCGAUAUUCAACGAACAGGAACUGGAACUUCUCAUAUCCGGCCUGCCGGAUAUUGACAUUGAAGAUCUAAAGGCGAACACCGAGUACCACAAGUACACCUCUAAAUCGGCGCAGAUUCAAUGGUUCUGGCGUGCACUGCGUAGCUUUGACCAAGCGGACCGCGCCAAGUUCCUGCAAUUCGUCACUGGCACAUCGAAGGUGCCCCUGCAGGGCUUCGGCUCGCUGGAGGGCAUGAACGGGAUUCAAAAGUUCCAAAUCCAUCGGGACGAUCGAUCCACUGAUCGCUUGCCCUGUGCACACACCUGCUUCAACCAACUGGAUCUGCCCAUGUACAAGUCAUACGACAAGCUGCGGAGCUGCCUGCUGAAGGCCAUACACGAGUGCUCCGAGGGCUUUGGCUUCGCCUAAGGUGCGACAACUGUGGCGGCAGCGCCAACCACCAGCCGGCAGAGCCACCGGUAACCAACCAACUACGGACGCAACACUAUUCCUACAACGCCAUCAAAUGCACGGGCGCAACGACGAGAAAUGCAUAAUUGAUUUGAAUUGAACGGAAAAUAACAGAACAGCCACUGCAAAUUUGCGAUAUCGGCAACAGAAACUGCAUACAUAAACAGUACAUAUAGUUAUAUAGUAUAUAUAAAAAUGUUGAAUUAAUUAUUAAUUUUCGCGCCUAUAUAUAUACAAUAUAUAUUUUCUUAAAUUUUCAAAAGAAAACGGAAGAAAUCUAAGGAAACCUAACAAAAAAAAAAAAAAAAAAAUGAAAAACUGAUACAGACGCGAAACAGUAUAUUCGAUUUAAAAUUCUCUGCGCAACUCAUCUUAUUUUUUUAUAUUUUUUUGAAUCUAUCUCUGUCGUUUUGCACAUUUUUAUCAAAAGAAAAGGAUUUAUAUAAGGAAACACACAAUUUGACACAUUUUCAUUUACCCAAACGCGAAACCGAAUAGAAAAGGAUUAAACGUAGUAUAUAGAUCGCAAAUGCACAUAAACAGAUUACACACUUGGGUUACUUGUUUACUUAAGUGAUUGUACGUACCGAAGAUAAAGGGAAGCAACAGAAAACAUAUUUAAAUGGAUUAAAGUAUUUUGAUGUAAGAGAUAAGUCCUUAUGUUAAUGAAUUUUAUGUUUAAUUUUGAAAUAAAGAGCCGCAGAUGUAACUUAAAGAA